AAACUUUGUACAGUUAGUGUGACACGGUUCAUUUCAUGCGGUGGAGGUGGAAUAUAACCCGCAUAUGUUGAGGAUUUAUUCGUCGAUCAAAAUGACAGUUUACAAACGGUGUUUGUGUCAAAAGCAUCAUGUGCAUCCGAGUCGAAAUCGAAUUGUCGUCAUGAAUACCGCGCGUCACGAUGGAUACAAAACGAUUGUUGGCUUUAUUCUGGUUAUCGGCACUAGCGUGCGGUCGAAGAUUAAACGACGAGCACACUAAACAAAAUAGUUCAAACAAGAAUUUACCUACAAAAUCAAUUGACACUCAAGACGAUCUCAGUUCUCGAAGUUAUGGACUUCAAGGGCCAGAAAUAGAUUCUCCGGAUGAUGAAUUUAAAUCUGAGGUGUCAGACGUAUGGAUGCCUACAAGUUCAUCAAAAUCAAUGGCAAAACAAAUUCAUGAGCCUGAAAUUGAUGAUUAUGGAGAACCGGAAAAACCAGAAAAACUAAAUGACAAGGAAGAAAUGGAUUCAUUCGAAAGACUUAAUGACGAAAAAAUUGAAGAUCCCGAAAAUGGUAAUGAAGAUUUCGAACAAGUGAAAAAAGUAAAAGAGGUGUCAAUAAUGACGUUGAAACCAAAAGAACAUAACAAAGUAUUAGAUCCAAUAAGUGAUCAACAAGGCCGUCCUCCUAUGAGAAUCAUACGGCCUAUGAGAGAUUUGAGUAUACUUGUCAGAAAUCGGCACCAUCCUAUAUUAAUAGCCCGUCAAGUACCUGUCCAUUGGAUACCUCACAACCAUCACCGUCCACAUAAGCCACUACAUCCACAUAAACCACUACAUCCACAUAAGCCACUACUUCCACAUAAGCCACCACAUCCACACAAGCCACUGUAUCCACAUAAACCUCACCACCCUUCGAUGCCGAAACACAAACCAUGUAAGCCAUGUGAUCCUAAAGUUCAUAAAAAACAUAAGCCAAAAAAACCGAAAAAAAAACCAAAAAAAAAGCCAAAGAAAGAACACUGUCACCACCCAAAGAAACCGCAUCAUAAACGAUUAUUAUAUUAUGCCCCUAUACCUACCGCCAUGAACUACUAUUACGGGUCACAAAUUCCGGUGAAAUUGAUUAAACCAAGUAAUAAUUAUAAUAUGGCACAAAGCCUAGAGAACGAAGAUGUAGAAAUUGAGACCGAAAGACCAUUUCACCAAGAAGUUGAAGAUGAUGUUGAAGAACAUAGGUUAGCCGAAAUGAGUGAACCUUUUGAUGAAGAGGUUCCCGAUGAAAGUAAAAUAAAAUCAAUUGAGAACAUUUAAAGGGUGAAAUGUAACUUUUUAUAAAAGUAAAAAUUAAUCAAAUCAUUGCAAUCAAAGUUUUUAUCAGAAUUAUAGAAUUACUUACGUACAUAAUUAUUUUAUCUAUGAUAUUUUGGUAGACACAAACCUCUUUUAACUAUUCAACAAAACUUGAACUUUAAUCGUCCACACAACACAAUAUAUGGACAGAACAAUUAUUAUAUUCAAUGGCAUAUAGAUCAUAUUUUCAUAAAUCUCAAAGUGAUUGGAACAUUUUUCUACUGUAACUUUACAAACUUUACACUUUUACUAACAUUAGAUUCAGUUUGUUUUUUGUGUAUCAUGCAUUUGGUUUGUAUGGAUAUGAACUGUAUUAGUAGAUAAUAUUAUACAAAACAUAAAACUCGUUUAUUCAUAACUCUAAACAAGACAUUUAACGUAUUUUUAAUUUGUAUACAUACAUAUUUUAUCACGUAG